GUCCCUGGUAGUUUCCGGUUGGUUGACUGGAAGUAGCGCCUUGUCUGCAUAAAUACACAACCCUCUCUUCCAACUACCACGCCGGGCACCGAACAUCGUCACUUCCUCCUGUAUCCUUUGGCCCCAACCGCAUUCCUCCCCACCUUCAGAACACUGAAACAAAAUGCCCAACCCCAAAACCAUCCUCAUCACCGGCUGUUCCGCCCAUGGCAUCGGCGCAGCCUUAGCCCUCACUCUCGCCCGCCAGGGCCAUUUCAUCUUCGCCACAGCCCGCAAUACCAGCAAAAUCCCAGAGCGACUGAGCGCCUUGGAGAACGUUCAGGUCCUGCCCCUGGAUGUGACAGACUCUGCCUCCAUCGCUGGCGCCGUGCGCUCGGUGAGAGAACAUGGUCGGGGGCUGGAUAUCCUGGUCAACAAUGCCGGGACGGGGUACACCAUGCCUCUAUUGGAGGCGGACCUAGAUCGCGCGAAGGCAGUGUACGAGGCUAAUGUGUGGGGCUUGCUUGGGCUGAUUCAGGCGUGCAGUGAUCUGCUCGUUGCGGCCAAAGGGAGGAUUGUUAAUAUGAGCAGUGUGGGGGCGGUGGUUAAUACGCCUUGGAUUGGGAUCUAUUCCUCCUCCAAAGCCGCAGUCACCCAGCUCUCCGAGACGCUUCGUCUCGAACUCUCGCCCUUGGGUGUUAGCGUGCUCUGUAUCAUGGCGGGUACUAUCACCACCGAUUUCCAUGCAAAUGAGCCAGAAGUUGUCUUGCUGCCGACUUCUCGUUAUGCAGCUAUUCGACAAACCAUCUCUGAUUGGGCGACUGGACGCGCUGGCCCCCAAGGCUGUUCGGCGGAUGACUUCGCUAAUUCUAUUGCUGGCGAUGUGCUGGGAAGUAGUAGUGCCAAUGGGGGGUUGGUGUGGAAAGGUCCUAAUAGUGCCGCUGUCAAGUUCAUGGCGAGGUGGUGCCCGGGGGGUCUGUUGGAUCGCAUGAUGAGUAAUGGACAGGGGUUAGAUGAGUUGGCGAAGGCUACGAACAAGAGCUGAAUGACAGUAUUGUAGCAAGUGUGAGAUUGUGUAAGG